CCUCCUCGACCAGUGAAGGAGAGAAGCAGGGUGAACGAACAGCAAGGGACGGGGAAGUGAAACAGUUUGGAGACAGAAACCAAAAGAGCAAAAGAACAGAAAGAGAAGUUUUUCACCGCUCUGGACUGUCGAGACCUGCAAGAACACUGUAGACCGGGUGAAACAGCGAGAUGAACGUGGCUGCUCUGCUGUACCUUUGAUUAGUGCAACACGUUCAUUCUCUUUGACAGCUACUAAAGGCGCAGACGGUGUGUGCGAGCAGACUCCAGACAGACUAAAGAGAAGGCCUGAGUGUGUGAGUGACUGUGUGUGAGCGAAACAACAUCACACCCCCCACUCGGACACACAUUCAUCCACCUGAAGUGCCAGACUCCAGUCCUGAUUGGAUGCUUAUUUCAGAAUGACAGCAGAAGACUCCGCCUCUGCCGUUGCUAUGAGUAACCCUAGCCCAUCCUCCUCCUCCAAAUCCUCCUCUGGACAUCCGCAGCAUCACUGCACCGUCCCAGAGGGAGUAGCUGGAGCCCCUAAUGAAGCUGCGUUGGUGUCCCUGAUGGAGCGGUCGGGUUAUGGCAUGGUGCAAGAAAACGGACAACGCAAAUACGGCCCACCUCCAGGCUGGCAAGGCACCUCCCCUCCCCGCGGCUGUGAAAUAUUUGUUGGUAAAAUCCCACGCGACGUUUACGAGGAUGAGCUGGUGCCAGUAUUUGAGAGCGUUGGACGGAUCUACGAGAUGCGCCUUAUGAUGGACUUUGAUGGGAAGAACCGCGGUUAUGCGUUUGUCAUGUACACGCAGAAGCACGAGGCAAAGCGAGCGGUCCGCGAACUCAAUAACUUCGAGAUUCGUCCAGGGAGAUUGCUAGGUGUGUGCUCCAGCGUAGACAACUGCCGCCUCUUCAUUGGAGGAAUCCCAAAAACCAAGAAACGUGAGGAGAUCCUGGAGGAAGUUUCCAAAGUGACAGAGGGGGUGCUGGAUGUGAUCGUGUACGCCAGCGCUGCGGAUAAGAUGAAGAAUCGCGGCUUUGCCUUCGUAGAGUAUGAGUCUCACCGUGCUGCUGCUAUGGCCAGAAGAAAGCUUAUGCCUGGGCGAAUUCAGCUCUGGGGUCACCAGAUUGCAGUCGACUGGGCCGAACCUGAGAUUGACGUGGACGAGGAUGUGAUGGAAACAGUGAAGAUCCUGUAUGUGCGGAACCUGAUGAUCGAGACCAGCGAGGAGAUCCUGCGCCAAACCUUCGGCCAGUUCAACCCUGGCUGCGUGGAGCGUGUCAAAAAAAUCAGAGACUACGCCUUCGUUCACUUUGCCAGUCGAGAUGAUGCUGUGGUUGCAAUGGACAACCUGAACGGCACAGAGAUCGAAGGUUCCCGUAUAGAAGUAACCCUGGCCAAGCCUGUGGAUAAAGAGCAAUACACCCGCUAUCAGAAAGCAUCGAAGGGAACAGCAGCUGCCACAACUGUUGAAAGCACCCAACAAAGUUAUGUGUAUCAGUGUGAUCCAUACACACUGGCCUAUUAUGGUUAUCCAUACAACACACUCAUCGGACCCAACCGAGACUACUUCAUUAAAGCAGGUACUGUGAGAGGCCGUGGCCGUGCCGGGGCCAGUAGCAGGGGCCCAGGGCCCCGCGGCUCAUACCUUGGUGGCUAUUCAGCUGGCCGAGGCAUUUACAGCCGCUACCAUGAAGGAAAGACCAAAUUGCCGGACAAACCUUACGAGAUCAUGCCUAACCUAGAGUUGGCAGCUGUGAACCCAGUGGGCAUCAAGCCUGGCACAAUGGCUCUUCCAGCACUUGGUGCCCAGUACCCUGCUGUGUUUUCUGCUGCUCCUGCAACUAAAUUAAUGGAGGAAGGGAAGAUCCACCCAGUGGAGCACCUGAUAAACCCUCUGGCCCUCCAGCAUGACCCCACAGCUGCCUCGGCCACCGCAGCGGUCAUACCUGCAGUCUCCACACCACCGCCUUUCCAGGGUCGUCCAAUAACCCCUGUCUAUGCUAUGGCUCAUAACAUCCAGAGGAUCCCGGCUGCAGCUGCCAGUCUAUAUGGAGCCGGAUACAUGCCUAUCGCUGCCCAUGCCAACACAGCCACACUGGCAGCGCUGCAGAAGAAUGCCGCUGUGGCUGCCGCCUACGGAGGGUACGCUGGGUACAUGCCCCAGGCCUUCCCUGCCGCCGCCACCUUCCAGAUGCCCAUUCAUGAUGUAUACCAGACCUACUGACUGAGACACCCGCAGCAUCAGUCACAAUGACUUACUAUUACACGCACCACAGGCCAUCAGACAUUUACUCCACAUCUAUGAGGUCUGCUGGUAAGCUGAACCACGCAGAGCGAAACUGACACACUCACAACAAAACUAACACCUUCUGACUCGUGUGAAGCUCCCUGGAAGCCUUUAGAUUCCUGCAGAAGUUAAAGCUGGCAGCAAAGACGUAGAUGUUCUGCUAAAUUUACCAUCAGUCCCCCCGGCCCAUGUUUAUUAAUCCAGACGUAUGACCCAGGUCAAAACCACUUUUAUUUACUACUGACUAGAUAGGUAGACUUCUGCGCAAUGUUUUGCGGACUCAAACCCUGCAAUGUGACCAGAACUUUACCCAUUUUUAACCCUUUAGACCAAUGGGAAACAGUCUGUCAGUUUCACAUCCUAAAGGAAUCGACCAGCUUGCUGAUUUUCCAAAGCCAUCACACGACUGAAUGAAUGAUAACUUUUGUUCUUCUUAUAUGCGUAUUUUCAUAUUUUAGCAUUCCGCUGAGGCCUUGUUUUUACGUUGAUCACCUGUAUGGUGGUGGAUUGACUCCGAGUGAUAUGUUCAUAUGAAGAAUUUCAAUCCGUAAGACUUGCAGAAGCACAUCUACUGACAUAUCACCGUGUUUCCCACACACACACACACUCCAGAUGAGAAUUGUGAGCCAGAGAGGUUUUGUCAUGGCACAAUCCUAAUAUCACUCCUCUGCGUUCACCGCCUGAAGAAUACUGAAGGAACGGUGUAGUAUUUGUGGACGUAUUUAACUCGUCUCUGUGCUGUAGUCUAUUUACUUUUGUUUUGUGAAGGAAAACAAAAUGAACAAAAAGAAACUGCUGAGCAGGAACUUCAACAACCACAGAAGUACAAGACGUAAAGUGUUUCAUGAAAAUGCUGUGUUUUGAGUUUAUAACAUAUACAUAUAUUUACUUGUGAAAAGUUUUGAAGACGCUGGAAUCUUCCGUCCACUGGGUUUCCUGCAUGUGAGUUCAUCAUAUGAGCAUACUUGCAUUUGUUUUUCCUACUUUAUUGCUUAUUCCUUUUUAUAUUAUAGACUAUUGUUUUAAGAUUGUGCUCUCUAGUGGGUUUAAAGAUUGUUCAGAUGUUUUCAUCUUCUAGAGGAUUUUUUUUCUUUUUUUAAACUGGAAGAUAGAUUAACACUGAUAUCAUUCUCAUUCUCAAAGGCCAAAUAAGUGCUCAAGUGAAUGUAGGAAAAAAGAGAAAAAGCUUAAUUUCACUUAAAUAUAUUUUGAAUAACACUUGUCCUUUGUUAAAAGGAUGUCUCACCUAAAAAUGAAAAUUCUGCCAUCAUUUAAUUAUCAAAUAUUAUUUUAAUAGUGUGCUACUUUUUUUCUUCUGUGGAACAAAUGAGAUUUGGUUGCCCCAAUUUUUUAUCAUUGUAAUCUGGUUGAUUUGUUUACGAAACAAAUUUAAGAAAAAUUUAAGAACAUUUAAGAAAUGUUUGGGUUGCCAACAUUCUUGAUCUAGUUAAACUAAAUGUUUUGCUUACCAACAUUUUUUAUAUGGUUUCCAAAAACGUUUUGGUUUCCAGCAUUCUUGAUUUGAUUGCCCAAAAUAUUUUGGAUACCUGCAUUCUUUAUCUAGUUAAUCAAAGUAUUUUGUAAAUGGCAUUCUUGAUGUAAUAACCCCAAUGUUUUUAGUACCAACAUUCUUGAUGUGGUUACCCAAGAUCUUUUGGUUACUAACAUUCUUGAUUUGAUUAUAAAAAAUCUUUUUGAUUCACAACAUAAUUGAUUGGUUCACCCAAAACAUUUUGGUUGCCAAUUUUCUUGAUCUAGUUACACAAAAUGUUUUACAUACCAAAAUUCUUAAUUUGGUUGCCCCAAUUUUUAUUAUUAUUUUUUUACCAGUGUAAUCUAAUUACCCAAAUCUUUUUGAUUACCAACCUACUUGAUUUGCUUAGCCCGAACGUUUUGGUUGCAAACACUCUUGAUCUAGCACACAAAAUGUUUUGUGUACCAACAUUUUUGAUUUGGUUGCCAAAAACAUUUUGGUUUCCAGCUAUUUUGAUUUGAUUACCUAAAAUGUUUUAGUUACCAUUCUUCUUGAAUUGGUUAAUUGAAAUAUUUUGGGAAACAACAUUCUUGAUCUGGUUACCCAAACGUUUUUGUUACUAUCAAUCUUGAUCUGGUUACUUAAAACAUUUUAAUAAACAAUAUUCUUGAUGUGGUCAACCAAAACUUUCUGGUAAGCAACAUUAUUGAUGUGGUUAUUACCCAAAAUAAUUUGGUUACUAACAUUCGUAAUUUGGUUAUGGUAACUAUUUGGUUGACAUGGUUUACUCAAAACCUGUAGCUUACUAGCAUACUUGAUUUGGUCAUAAGAAAUAUUUGGGUUGCCAACAUUCUUAAUCUAGUUAAACUAAAUGUUUGCGUACCAACAUUCUUGAUUUGGUUGCCCAAAAUAUUUUGGAUUCCAGCCUUCUUAAUCUGGUUAAUCAAAGUAUUUUGGUAAACAGCAUUCUUGAUGUAGUUCCCCAAACGUUUAGUUUCCAUCAUUGCUGAUGUGGUUACCCAAAACCUUUUACUAACAUUCUUGAUCUGAUUAUAACCUUUUUUUUUCACAACAUUUCUGAUUGGUUCACCCAAAACAUUUUGGUUACCAAUAUUCUUGAUUUGGUUACCUGAAACAUUUUGGUUGCUAAUUUUCUUAAUCUAAUUGCACAAAAUGUUUCACAUACAAACAUUCUUGAUUUGGUUGCCCAAAAUCUUCUGGUUACCAGCAUUCUUGAUCUGAUUAAUCAAAAAGAACAUUCUUGAUCUUGUUCCCCAAAAGUUUUGGCCACUAAAACUCUUGACCUGGUUACCCAAAAAACAUGGGAAGCAACGUUAUUAAUUAUUGAUAUCUUAAAAAUGUCACAAUAGAUAUGCAUUUUAAUAAGUGACUUUCAAAAAGUUUUAGAAUUUUCAUUUUUGUGUAAAACAUCUCAUUUAGUAUGUUUUAAAAGCACAACUUGGACAAAAAAUGUAGCUGGGUUGAAGAUACAGCUCAUGAUGAGUUUUGCUCACUGGUUAUUUUAACCAACUAUGAGUAGCCUUUACUUUUCCAGUCAAGUACUAUGAUUCCCAGCAUCCAGUCCUGUGAAGUCUUAGUUGCAUCAUUAGGAGACCACAAGCUCCCUCGAAUCCAUUUUGUGCCAUUAAUACAAAUUACACCUGAAGUACUGUCCCAUUUACUGCUGAACCAAUUAUGUUCACGUUGUUUAUUAACGGUCUUGAGUUGCAAGCCUGGAGUUGCAGGAUAAAAAUCAGGCUAAUGAUGCGCUACUCCCUCUUCACCCUCUUCCUAAUUCCUCUUAUAGAUUCAUGCAGUCACAUCUGACAUUUUUGUACUUUGUUUUCUUCUGCAUUUUUGUAGAUCACACUCCCUUUGGUUUAGCUACUGUACGGUAUGUGCUAGUUAUAAUAAUGACUGUUCUGAGGUGCACUUAAACAUUUUAGGGUGUUAAAAGUUCUUGUGUGUGUAUAUGUAUGUGUAAGCAGGCACUUUUGUAUUUUUCGGGGUAUCAGUACUCCUAGAACUGGAUUGAACUGGACCAAACUGAAACCAGGGAGCUCAGAGAACCUGUUAAUAUCCUCAAUGCCUUUUCAAUGACUGCUGUAUGUCAUACCAAUGUCCUCCUCAAGACUGCUGUACGUCACCACUAUGCCUUCUAUGAUACUGGUAAUGUCACAUGUGCCUUUAUUCAGACUGCUGUCUGUCGAGUGACCUCUUAAACACUGUUUGUGACAGCACAGUGCCUCUUCUGUUCUCUUCUCAUUUUUCCUAUUUCUUUUUUUGUGUGUGUAUUGCUAUACUGUUAUAUGGGGGCUGUGAGUGUUAGAGUGCUGCUUUGUGUUGUAUUAUGCUAUCAUGUUCUAACAGAGUUGAUGUUUUAUUAAGUAUAGCCUGCUUUUUUUUUUUUAAAGAAGAGACUGAGUGAAAGUUUUAGGGAAAACUUCAUGAUAUGCAAACAAAGACAUAAAGAAUGACAAUCCAUAGUUCACAUCAAGUAAGCUAAAGACACGUUUUUAUCACCAUCAUCGAAGACAAAGUCUCUCGGUUUUGGUCACAUCUGUGUGUUUUUUGAGAAAAGUGAACAGUGCCCAGUAGUUUUCUGUCUUUUACCUAAUCCUUCAUUAUGAGCGAAGCAGUCAGGAUAUAUUUAAUAUAUAUACAGUACAUUGUUUUUGUGUAUGAAGUAAGAGGAAAUGCUAUAAUAUAUUUUAAAAAGACUUUUUCAUCUCAUUAUGUGCUUUUAACAACCUUUUUUUUGCCAAAGUGUUCAAUGUGUGCAACUAAACUAAUGCAAAUGUGUGGAUAUAUAUAAAAGAGGCUAAAUGUAAGCUUCCAGUGUGGAGUCAAUAUUGGCCCAAACUGACACAUCCUUUGGCAAAAAUGUGCUUUCUUUUGCAAUCAUUUCAUAAACACUACAUGUGUAGCGUUUGUUUUAUUCCUUUUUAGACUUGUUUCUUGUUACUAAAAAACAAAUAAACAAGACAAGGUGACCUCGGCUGAGGACAUUUAGAUAAUGUAGAAUGUUGUUGCCAAAAUAUUCUUAUCAUUCCCCCUUUUUUAGACCUGUUUAGAACUGUUUCCUAUCUUGAAUUUUUUUUUGUUUAAGUCUUUUUGGCAUUGUUGUAUUUAUAGAGGUAGUUUAAUAAAGCAUUUUCAAAAAGAA